AUGGCAAGAAUUGGUACUCGGAAAAUGAAAUAUAUGAAGGCGAAUGGUGCUAUGCCUGAAUUUUCAGCCAAUGAAAACAGGUUUGAAGGACAAUGGUUAAACGACAAAAAGAAUGGAAGAGGGAAGUAUUUCUUCCUUACUACUGGUCAACUAAUGGAGGGAGUAUGGUGUGAUGAUGUGCCGAAAAAUUCGCAAAUUGUGGACCUUGGCAGAGAGGUAGCAAGAAAUCCAACUGAAUCUGAAAUACCAGAGAUAAAAUUGGAGGAUCCAAACGGUGUACUUAGAGAAACACAAGAAAAACUGAUGGAGAAGAUAAAUUCACGUAGGAUGAAGAAGUCGUAA